AUGGAACCAAUGAAGCGACACAUUGCGCCGUUAAAAGUCGAAAAGACAAUCUCCUAUCCUUGCGGGUCGACCACUUCAGAGUCUGGAGACCCUUCUAGCAAUCAUUACUAUUCUACACAGCACAGUCUGCAGAUGUCACCACCUCUGACGCCUUACUGCGCAACCUCAUCCAAAGACAACAGCAUGGAUCGGACGGAGGCCCCCAGGACCGUCUUCCACAACUAUCUACGUGCAUUCUAUCCUUUCCAUCCGCCGGGAGAUGUUUCGCCAGAUACGAUUACUCUGCCAUUGGACCAAGGAGAUAUCAUUCUGGUACACUCGGUACACACCAAUGGCUGGGCUGACGGAACGCUUCUGGACACCGGAGCCCGAGGCUGGCUACCCACCAAUUACUGCGAAGCCUAUGACCAACUGCCCAUGAGACCCCUCCUGAAGGCAUUGACCGACUUCUGGGAUAUUAUCCGAGGUGGAUGCGGGUCGUCUCUUCGUGACUUUGGAAAUCAGGAUCUUGUAAGGGGCCUGAUUGCCGGAGUACGCUUCCUUCUGGAAAAAUCAGAAUGUCUCACCCGCGACUCGUUCCUUGUCCGAAGGCACGAGGGUCUGCGAAGAAACCGAAAAGCAUUGCUUUCGGACCUUACAGCGCUUGUUCGUACAACCAAGAGUUUCCAAGUGAUUGCUAGCGGAAAUCCCGUACAAGACGAGGUCGAGUACAUGGUCGAUGAGAUGCUCCUCAAGGCGUUCCGCGUCGUGACCCGCGGUGUGCGGUUUCUCGAUAUCUGGAACGAGGAGGUUGGUCUGAGUCGAACAAUCGCGGAGCUGGAGCAAACCAAGGAUUACGCUUCUCCCCUAACACCUGCAUCCGAGACAUUUGUCAUGUCGGAAAGGCCCGCCUCGGAAGCUGAGACCGAACGAAACGAGUCGCGGGUUCUCAACCGCAGCUGCAUGUCUAUGAGUCGCUGUUCCACCCGAGUGGACAUGUCUGAGCAGCCACGGCCCAUUUCCGUCGCCACAAAACGGAUAUCCAUCUCCCACCGGGUGUCUUACUCGGGACCAGCUGCAGCUUCCCGAAACCCGAAUCUCGCAUCGGAACGACUCAACGCCACGUACGAUGCUUUCCUCGGUGUGCUGGGUUCAUUCAUUGGUCUCCACCUGCAGUCUCGCUCCUCAACCGAGCUAGUCGUCACAACCGAGCAGGCUGUCCGGUCUUGCCGCGGUCUGCUCACUGUGGUCGAGGCUGUCUGUGAACACGACUCUCAAGGCAGUGCGCUCCUCGAGCGCGCCAAGGAUACGAUGUAUGAGCGACUGUCCGAGCUCGUUUUCGCUGCACGGGACGCCUUCCGACCCGCCCAGUCCCCCGACGACGAGCUUGUCUUCAUGCCCGAUGAAGGAAAGCGACUGGUCGACGCCGCCACCGACUGCGUCCGAGCGGCAGGGAACUGUCUGGCCAAAGCUCGCCUGGUGCUGGAGCAGGUUGGAGAUUUCGAACUCGAGGCACUGCCGCAAGACGUUGCGACGCCAUUGGUUGAUCCCCAGAACGCAGAUCUCGACUUCUCCCCUCCCACCCCAGGUCUCACCGAUGAUACCACUCCAUCUUCUUCUUUCAAUUCCCGCACACUCAGCAGCCCCACCAUUGCCGCAAAUGACGAGGCGCCAUUGCCAUCCGCUAGCAUCCCUCCCUCCAGCCCAGCGAAGUCCUCAUUCUCCUCGUCUUAUGAUGCGACCGCUGGUGUUAAGAUACUCGAGAACCGUAUCAGCCAUCCCAAGUCCGAGAUCGGUGAGACUUUUGGCCGUGGAGUGACCAGUACUGGAAGCAGCUUCACCUACCACAGCCACCUCCGUGACUCGGAAAUGAGUGGAGUGUCUCAAACUUCUACUCGCGCCACAUCUCCAGACAUUGGCAGCUGCUACCAGGCUCCAUCGCUCAAGAGCUGUGUCAGCCACUCGACGCUGGCGGAGGAGGGAGAGGAGACCGAAGUAAAUAUUCUGGAGAAGACAUAUGCGCAUGAAUUGAUCUUCAAGGAUGGUCAAGUCAUGGGCGGCAGCCUUCGGGCGCUGAUCGAGAAGCUCACCUCUCAUGGAUCGACGCCAGACGCGAUGUUCGUCUCCACCUUUUACCUCACCUUCCGUCUAUUUGCGACGCCGCUGGAGUUUGCCGAGGCCCUUGCUGAUCGGUUUGACUACAUUGGUGAUACCCGCACGCCGCGGGCCCCGUGCGGUUGGCUGGAGUCACACUGGCGGCAUGACUGCGAUGACUCGGCUCUGGAUUUUAUUGUCAACUUUGCCAACACUACUUUGAUGCAAUCCCUCCCCUCCGCAGGAAAACGCCUUCUGGAACUGGCGGACAAGGUUUCGACGCUCCAGGGACCCGUCGUGCCCCGUCUCAUCUCGUCCAUGGGAAAGACCAACACCGCAACCGCACAAUAUGUGCACCCGGACACCCCUCUCCCCUCUCCCAUUCUCAGCAAGAAGGAGGUGAACCUGCUGAAACAGUGGAAGAACGGCGAGGCUGCGAUCAGCAUCCUGGACUUUGAUCCAUUGGAGCUGGCCCGUCAGCUCACCAUCAAGGAGUCACGCAUCUUCUGCGCCAUUCUUCCCGAGGAGCUGUUGGCGACGGAGUGGAUGAAAAAGAGCGCUUCACUGGCCGUCAAUGUCCGUGCCAUGUCGACUUUGUCCACCGAUCUCGCCCAUCUGGUGGCUGAUUCCAUCCUGCAGCUGGAGGAACCGAAGAAGCGGGCGGCUAUCAUCAAGCAGUGGGUCAAGAUUGCUAAUAAGUGCCUGGAACUCAAUAACUAUGACACUUUGAUGGCCAUUAUCUGCUCUCUGAACUCAUCAAUGAUCUCGCGUCUGAAGCGGACCUGGGAGGUUGUAUCGCAGAAGACCAAAGCCACUCUCGAGACCCUACGGGGCAUCGUGGAUGUGUCGCGCAACUAUGCUGUCCUGCGGCAGAGACUGCAGACCCAUGUUCCGCCAUGUCUUCCUUUCGUCGGCACCUACCUCACAGACCUGACGUUCGUGGACCACGGGAACCAGCCGCUGCGAAGCCUGCCUACCGAUGACGGUGAGAUGACCGUCAUCAACUUUGACAAGCACAUGAAGACCGCCAAGAUCAUCAGCGAGCUCCAGCGGUUCCAGAUACCCUACCGUCUCAUCGAGGUUCCCGAACUUCAGACCUGGAUGCAGAACGAGCUGGUGCGGGUGCGUUCCAAUGGCGAAAAGAGCCUGCAGACUUUCUAUCGUCGCUCUCUCAUUCUGGAGCCGCGCGAGAUCACGCCGCGGCCGACUUUGCAGCCAGAGUCUAGCGCCUCCUCUAUCAUGGAGAACGCCAAGGACAAAUUUGACCUCUUCGCUUGGACUCAUCCUUCCAAGGCCAAGUCGGUCACUACCAAUGGUUGA